UCUACCUCUGCUUCUGCCUCUGCUUCUGCCUCUGCUUCUGCCUCUGCCUCUGCAUCCGCUUCCGUGCCUGCCUCCACCCCUGGCGCCCCUACACGCGCUGCCUCACGGAACAGCAUGUCUUCAGAUCCCAACUACGGCUCGGAUUCCCAUCGACGCCAUCCUCCCAGAGACGGCCAGCCAAAUACUUCCGGCGGUCCGGCACUUCCUUCCCUACGAUCUCUUACGAGCAAUGGUCGACGUUUCGCACCUCUUGCUCCCUCGGGCACAUCACAUACUGGAGGACGCCAUGGUCGGUGGCGUGCUGAGAGGAAUUCCGAACGUUAUCGCCCUGGUAUGUCUAGCAUGACGGAUCGAAAUACCAAUCAAGGAUCAGAGAACGCCACGCAUACGCUGCUAUCAGAAAGUGCACAAUCGCUUGCUGACCUGGGUGACGCAAAUAGCCGUCUUCGGGCUCUACUCGAUUUUACCCCUCCGCCCGCACAAGCUUACUCGGAAUUAUCGUUUCCUUCGCCGCCUCUCCUGACCCAGGAGUCUGCCGAUGACAAUCGCCGUGCCAAGAGGCGCAAACUAGAUCCGGAUCGCUUGGCAAGUAGCUUCAAGGGCUUUCGCUACGGCAAAUAUGGGCAAGUUGAGCCCGGUCAGCUGACCAUGGAGAUUGCGAGCUGCGAUGGUGGCAUAUAUUCGGAUGAUGGACAAAGCUAUGCUGCUGAAAAUAUCCUCAAGAACGACGCAUCAGUUUAUUGUACCAAGGGGCCACGGUGCAACAUUGUUCUCCGACAUCAGGGCUCGACCGCGUUCACCCUGAAAGAACUGGUCAUCAAGGCUCCCAGGCAGAACUAUACUUCACCGGUGCGGGAAGGAAUGGUCUUCAUAUCGAUGAACUCGGACAGUCUUCUGGCACGCACGGCACAGUAUAGAAUACCAUAUGCGGCCGCGCGAGAACACCGACCCCUGGGUCCUGUCGUGACUAUCAGACAUAAUGACGACGGUACAACCAUGACGACUGCGCAGAUUAGAGCACGACGCCGCUACCAGAUGGGCAUGGAGGACGAUGACUACAGGAGUGCCCAGUUACCGUCGGACUUCACGGCAUCACCGCCUCCUUUUCACGUGACCACGAUAUGUAGCGAUGAUGAGGAUGAUGCAACAAUGAGAUCAUAUUGGCGACCGCCAAACAGGAUAGGAACUCUGCCGUUCGAGAGUGACGAAAGCAGCGGCGACGAGCUGGCUCUCUACCACGAGUAUACUCCCCGGCGCCGGCGAGUGCGAUCAUCGUCUCUACCGGCAGCUGAAGACGCAACAGCUUCUGGGGAUCGCACACAUGGGUCGACUCUAGCUGGAGAAGGUGAGCUGAUGGCAGCGCAUGCACGGUUAUUUAUCGAGCCAGACAAGUGCAAGUGUACCAUCAGAUUUGACCCGCCUGUCUCUGGCAGAUUCAUUCUGCUCAAGAUGUGGAGUCCUCAUCCUGACUCUACAUCCAACAUUGAUAUACAGGCGGUGAUUGCAAACGGAUUUGCAGGGCCGAGAUACUUCCCUGCCAUGGAAUUGCGAUGAGCUACUGGCUCGUUUGCAUCGGGUAUGUAUGGCGUAGGAGGAGCACCUGGCAGGUCAGGCUUGCAUAUGGAUGGUAUAUGGGUUUUAUGGAAUUGGCUUUCUCAAGAGUGAAAGAACGGCGUGUGGACAAUGGAUAGAGAGAUAUGAGAUACCCCAAAGUGAUAAUGAGCAUGCAUUGAUUUUUUGAUUGCAUACUAUUUUAGUUUCUUUUUUCUUCUUUUUCUUCUACCAGCUAUCAAGGCCG